AUGAAUACAAUUCAUACAGCCGAUGAACAAGAUGGGUUCAUGCAGUACGCUGAAGAGUUUGCUCUUUUAGCACGUAUCUCUCUCGAGCUUUCAUAUUUCUCGCCAACGGAAUGGUCCGAACUUAUCGAAGGACUGCCUGACAGCUCCUCUCGCGGUGAAUUUGCUACUUUGGAUCAAGCCGGCAUGGGUCCUGUUGGAAAUUUGAUGCUGGCUGUCGAAAACCUGAGCUUGAAUAGCUAA